AACGACCCGUGUGCACUUGGCCCGGUUUGCCCGUCGCGUUGUAAGGGAAAAUAUCCCCACAGUGCCUAACCUUAAGUCCAAGCGGCGGCGGCGGCGGCGGCGGCGGAGAGACCACGGGAAGAAUAGGGAGGAUGUUGGAUACGGCAGGUAUCGAGAAGAUUACGGGUCAGAAGAGGUUGGCGGCAGAGCAGGAGGAGGGGAACGAGGAGCCCAAGAGAUCCCGCGAGGACGAAGCAGAAGAGGAAUGGAUGCUCCGCCGGCUUGCCAACUUUCGCCUAGACUGGACAGAGACAUGGUCCGAUCAUUUCGGCGAUGUCGAGAAAAGAACUGAGGCGCCACCCAUGCGGUUCAGUCAAGAUCCUGUGCCGAGCUAUGCCAAGCUUGAAGACGCGCUACAGAUAUUCUCCGUCAGUGUGCUCGAGCUGAAGGGUACAAUGUGCUGGCCGAUAGAUGUUUUUGGCUUCAUUGCUACGCGUGACUCGUUGCACCGGAACCGCAAUUAUAUCUUUGAGCGCACGAGAGACGAAUGCCAGACGCUCACUGCAGAGCAUUCAUCUCUGGUCCUCACUGGCCCAUGCCGUGCAAUCCUAUUGGAUGACCCUAUCGCAAUCGAGGUUGAGCUAAGAGUGAAGGGGACAAGGCCCUCUGAAGAUAAGGUGUUGAGCGCGCAAAUCUUUGAGUAUAACUGCAUCACUUGGAUAGGUAAAGCCGGCUCUCUCCUGAAGGACAUGGCUCCAGACCUGCGCUGCACGCUGGAGUUCAGGUAUGCACAUCUCCAAAUGGCACUGGAGGCGGCAAUAAAAGUCUGGAUUUCUGAAGGGUUGACUGAUUUCUAUGGGAAGUUCGUCGCUCGUACAGCCAGUAUCGACGAGAACGUCACGCUACUCGACUCUAGGGACGGAAUGGUGUCUGUCUCGGAUGAUGGGCUUGUUGAGUUUUCACGUGAUGUUGUAUUCGUAGAAGGACGUGAUGGCCAUGGGAAGCUGAUCGUCGGUGUUCAGGCAAGGCAAAGCGGCGACGAUGAGGCCAGCAGCGUUUGCAAAGAGGUCACCUUUGUCCCGGCAAGAUCUGGUGAGAGCCAUGGCAUCUUUGAUGUGGGGUUUUGCAAGAUGAGCAUUGUGGUUGCAUGGUCGCUGCUGUUUUGAUGUGAAAAUGUCUAUGCAAACUGUUUUUCUUGUUUUGUUGAUAAUUAAAAUGUUAAUCUGGUGUGAGUAUUGGUAGUAGAUGUGACUAGCUAGCUCUUACUUCGUACAAACUGUUCGUACGCAUGUCUCAGGCUGCUUCAUUUCAAGAAUUAUGCAAGUCUAGUGCUUGAUGUUGCUGGGAUGACAUGAAAUGUUUUGCUCUAGCUAUAUGUUAAUUAUCCAUACAUUGUGUGUUAAAACUAGUGCAUUCUAUUAAACUCCAUCCGGAUACUA